AUGAAUAACAUUCAAGAGUUGGCGAGCGCCAUGUCUGGGCUCUGCUCAGAACAAGAUGCUUGGGCACAUUUUCAUAAGGGAACUCUGGUCCAUCUACAUGAGACGGCCGCUCGGACCCAUGGCCAUUUACGAAGCGGCAGGGCUGCAGGAAGAUUACUCACUUCUUCCUUGUCUAUUGCAGAGCCCAAUGCUUCCUUGGCCACGGUGGCUGUGCAAGGUCUCACACCCAUCCGACUGAGGGAGUUAAAGGUCGGUCAUACCCAUCAUGGCCGGGUCCUCUUCGGCACCCUCUGUGUAAACCCCUUCAAAAUCAACGCCAUCAUGACCGUGCUCGAGGACGACCAAGGCCUUGCGGUUAGAGUGGGCAUCUAUAAUUCAAUGUCCACCCCUUCGGCGCUGAGAGCUAAAUACUCCAAAGGAGCCAAGGUGGCGAUCAAAGAGCCCUACUUCAAGCAGACCCUGGACGGAAGCGUCGCUAUUAGGGUAGAGAACCCAGCCAAUGUAGUGAGGAUGGCGGAAGUUCCAGGUGAAAAUCAGUCUACGUCCAUGGUUGUGGAGGAGGAGCCUUGCCAGGGCAAUGGUGUCGACAAGGGUAGAAAAGUGCGGCUGCUCGCGGUUUUCAAUCGAGCGGAGACGCACUUCCAGAUGGGUGAUUUCGAGCGGGCGUUGGAGGUCUGCAACGAGGGACUUGAGAUCGAUCCUGAGAAUCUUAAGAUCAUUUUCUUAAAAGGCCGUGCUCUGCACAGCCUCAAAAGUUAUGACCAGGCAUGCCAGGUUCUGCAAAUGGCCGUCGAGCUUAGCCUCGGGCAAGUAGAUAUUGAAGAUGCUCUGCGACGGUCGAAGGCCGCUUGUUCUCGGAGCCAGCACAGGGUGUACGACAUUUCAGAGUUUUUGCUCGGAAUGCAGCCGGCUCCAAAGGUUGAGGACUUCAUUGGGGAUGUGGAGAUUAAGAAGACUAGGGGUCGCAGGGGUCGUGGGCUCUUCGCUACGAGGGACAUUGGGGUCGGUGAGCUGUUAAUGGUGAGCAACGCAGCUGUCAUUGUUAAUGGCGGGGUUAGAGGUCUUGAGAUGGAUCAGAGCCACGAAUUAAAGAUUUCUUUGCAGGAAGAUCUUGUAGACAACGUUUUUAACGCUGCCAAGAAAUCUCAGAAACUGCGCCAGCAGCUUUAUGAGCUUGACGAUGGCUCUGUACAAGUUCGCUCUUCAUUGCCGGCCAUGGAUUCAUUUCAUACAAACCGCCGAGUAACAGCAGAGAAAUUUGGAGAUGAGCGCCGAGAAGAUGAAGAGUCGUUGGGUUUUAGCGGGCUGUGGAUGCUGCCAUCGUUUAUCAAUCACUCAUGCCUCCCCAACGCAACCAGAUUGAAUGUAGGAAGCGCAAUGUUCUUGCAUGCGGCAAAGCCCAUCAAGAAGAGAGAAGAAAUCACGAUCUCUUACUUCGACACUCUGCUUCCCCAACCGCAGCGAGAGGGCUUUUGUGGGGUUUGGGGUUUCAAAUGUAACUGCAAACGUUGUAGUGUGGAGAAGUCCAUCAGCACUGCUCUGGAGGGCUUGAAUGCACAGUUUGAGGCUUUGCACCAUGACGCCCUAGAGGAAACCAACGCCGUAAGAUCUGCAGGACAAGACUUUCCCACGGAGCUUCCCAAGUCUGCAGAAUUCGCCCAGGUCUUUGAAAAAUUGGAGCAAAUACUGGCUAAGUUCCCUAGAAUGAAGGAAGAAGAAAAAAAUUGGGUUCGGGCGUCCUAUGCGACUGCAUAUUUGGCUGGAAUGCAGUCGGAUAAGUUAUCUUCCGUGGAGCCCAUUCUGUCCAGGGAUAAAAUACUGAAGGCCGUUGUAACCACCGUUCCAGGGGAGAUUCGAACCCUUGCCAUGGUGGCCCAGCAGCUGGAAGGGUUAAAGCACCAGAUUGGUAUUGAAGGAUCGGCUGUAGAUUAUUGUGUGGCACAAGCUAGAGAUAUAUGUGUUCGAGUGUUGGGUAUACAUAACGAACACAUUAUUCUGGCACUUAUUUCUCGCCAUGCAAAGUCUACAAUUUUUUAA